UCGGCGGUUGCAAUCGCUCGGCCUCACGGUUUGUGGGAUCUUUUUGAACGAUACUCCACGCUUGAUCGGCUUCUGAGAACAACGAUGUGGCUUAGCCGCGCUAUUUCACAUUUCCGGCGCCAGGCCAUCCUUCCACCUCCGUGGGCGGCCAUGGCCUCCGAACUUUACGAUGCUUAAAACUUCUGGAUCAGACACGUUUAAGGAGCACAUUUCUCUUUGGAGCUCUCUUCGCUUCGACGCGGUGCCGACCUUCCUCGUUUUCAUCCACUUCAGCGACUUACGCCAUUCAUCGAUGGUGAUGGAAUUCUUCGAAUAGGCGGGCGCCUCCGCAACUCGUUACUCGAUCCUGACACCAAGCAUCCGAUCCUUUUGCCUCGUGACUCUAAAUUUACCUUUCUUCUCAUUCAGAAAGUGCACCUAAAAACUCUACACGGAGGUGUUCAAGUGAUGCUCGCAGUACUUCGACAACGAGGUUCUGGAUCCUCGGUGGCCGUGCUCCAAUCAGCUCCUUCGUCCGACGUUGUGUCCGCUGCGUCCGAUACCGAGCAGUCUCCGCCCAGCAACUUAUGGGUCAACUUCCAUCCACGCGAGUCACACCGUCUCGUCCUUUCCUGCACACCGGAAUGGACUACGCGGGACCAUUCUCCCUCCGCACUUGGCGCGGACGAUCCACGCGAAUCUAUAAGAGCUUCUUGAUCAUUUUCGUAUGCUUCUCGACGUCCGCAGUUCACCUCGAGAUGGCCACGGAUUACUCUGCUCAGGGUUUCCUCGCCUCAAACGGUUCACUGAUCGACGGGGUCUCUGUGCCUCUCUCACCAGCGAUUGCGGUACAAAUUUUGUCGGGGCCGAUGCAGAGUUGCGCCGGAUGUUCACCGCCGCUUCUCGAGAACUUGAAGAGAUCGAAAAUGCUAUGGCGACUCAUGGAGUUACAUGGCAUUUUAAUCCACUUGCGGCUCCUCAUUUCGGCGGAAAGUGGGAGGCCGCGGUCAAAUCUGUGAAGUUUCACCUCCGGCGUCUCAUCGGGGAGUCAAUACUGACGUACAAGGAGUUCUCGACUCUUCUUAUUCAAAUCGAGGCAAUCUUAAAUUCCCGUCCCUUCUGUCCUCUAUCCGAUGAUCUAUCGGACCUUGAGGCGCUCACACCCGUUCAUUUUCUAAUUGGCUGUUCUAUGUGCAUGAUUCCGGAGCCAUCGUUGAAGAACAAGCGCAAGUCUAGAUUAUCCCGGUGGCAAUUAGUACAACAUGUAAGAAAUCAUUUCUGGAAACGUUGGUCGCAAGAAUAUCUACAGCGUCUACAAGCUAUAUCGAAGUGGCAACAUCCAUCACACUCAAUUUCAAUCGGUUCGCUAGUCCUCAUCAAGAACGAACGCUAUCCACCGUCACGUUGGCCGCUAGCGCGCGUCAUCGACACUCACGCAGGAUCCGACGGACUCAUUCGAGUUGCUACUGUUCGCACCGCCACUUCAAGUUUCAAACGUCCGAUUGUAAAAUUAUGCCCGCUGCCGGUCGCGACCUAAAUUCUGUCUCAUUAAACUCUCGCAAUAAUUAAAUUAAGUUAAUGUCAAUAAGUUUGCGACUCAAAUUUCGUUGCUCUUAUGAGCGCAUCUGCUCCUCCGUUUCAGGCUUUCCCUCA